AUGGACGAGAGACCGAACAAGAAGCGUAAAGUUCGCAAGGGGACGAGGAGUUGCUGGCAGUGUAGAAAGAGAAAGAUCCGCUGCGAGUUCGCGUCCAAUGAUGAGGAGACGUGCAACGGGUGCCAGGCCCGAAGCACCAUCUGUAUCAGUCAAGAGUUUGCCGACGAGGAGCCGUCCGGCCCCCCCGAGCGCGGUCUUGUUCAGCGGCUGGGCCGGCUGGAGGAACUGAUGCUGAAGCUGGCCGACAAGAUAGGACCGGACGCAUUCGCCGCCAAUAAUGCAAUCACGCCGGCACCGUCGGUCGAAGGGUCUCAAGGUGCGCUCCCACCCCGUAGUCCGCCGCCCCAUCUGGCAAGGCCUUCUACAAAUGUCACCCUCAUCUCCUCAUCGGUACCCCGCCUAGGCCUAUCCCGUCCGGCACGAGAUGGGGUCCGGAGCCACUCCAAGUACGACAAAUUAUGCCGGGAGAUUCACUCCGCCUUUCCCUCUCUCCAGGCCGCCAAGACCAUUGUCGACUCGAGCAAGGGCCCCGCCUUCGUCAUGGCCAUGUUCUACGCGUAUCAGGACGUUCUCGAGGGCAGAUCCCCGACGAUGGCGUCUCUCACCGGCAUGCCAGACGCCACCAAGCACCCUGCCCUGUUGGCGAAAUACUUGCUCCAGUUGAUCAUCUACCUUCAGCAAAUGCCGCCUUCAUUCGACACUUCUGAGCUCGAACUCGGCCUGGGUGGUUCCAUCCAGGAUAAGAUGAACGAGUGGGUCACAGCGGCCAGCCUGGUCACUGCCAACGACGAGCUGCUAGGCUCCGUGGAAGGCCUGGAGUGCCUGAUCCUCCACGGGUUCUAUCUGAUCAACUCGGGGAACCUUCGAAAGGCGUGGCUCGCGAUGAGAAGGGCACUGAGCAUGGCACAGCUGAUGGGCAUAGAGACGGAUGGCGCGCGUUCCAUGAAGUCGUGCGACCCGGCAACGGACCCGAACACCGUCCCCUCCUCUCAGGUGCUAUGGCAUCGCAUCAUCUUCUGCGACCGGUACAUCUCUCUCCUCCUUGGCCUCUCGGCCGGGUCGCAGGAUAACAGCUUCAUGUCGGACGAGUUCCUGGCCAGGGACACGGCCAUGGAAAGGCUGGAGAAGAAAUACUCCGUCAUUGCGCUCCACAUCAUCGAGAGGAACCGCGCGCCGGCCAACGAAGCAUACGCAAUCACCCAGUCGGUCGACUGUGAGCUCGAAAACGCUGCCAAGGCCAUGGGCAGGGCGUGGUGGGAGAUACCGUCCCUGCCCGAGGGCACCGAUAAAUUGGCGGACAUGGGCACGAUGUCGCACCUGAUGCUCCAGAUCCAUCACCACACCCUGCUCAUCAUGCUCCAUCUUCCUUAUAUGCUCCGUAAUCAGACAAAUAGUCGGUUCGACUACAGCAAGAACACGUGUCUGGAGUCGAGCCGGGCGGUGCUGAAACGCUGCAUCAUCUUCCGUACGGCAAACGACGCGGCCUUUUCGUGUCGCCAUAUCGACUACUCGUCGCUGACGGCUUCCAUGACGCUGCUGCUCGGGCAUCUCAACCGCCCUCCUGGUGUCCGCGAGGAAGACUGGUCACGACAGCGGAACGAGGACCGGGCCCUGGCCGAAACCACCGUGGCCAAGAUGGAGAAGCUGGCCCUCCUGAACGACGACAAGCUGUCAUGCGAAAGCGCAGACAUCAUCCGCCAGCUUCUCCCCAUCGUGGACUGCUGCAGCGGCGCGGAGCCGUCGGGCUUCACCUGCGCAGCGAGGAACGUGCAGCUGACCAUCCCGUACCUCGGUGUCAUCAACAUCAACAUGACCGCGAACCAGGCCGCCGAGCGGCGCGCCGUCGACCUGACCCACUCGCAGCUCCCCACGCCGAGCAACACCACCACCGUCUCGUCCGACGCCUACCAGGAGACGCCUCCACCCUCCGCCCUGUCCAUGGAGGCGUUCCUGACCGGCGCCGACACCACCAUCCCCCACGAGGACGUCUGCUCCGGUCUCAGCGCCGACUACCUGGGUGGGUGGCCGUGCCCGGGCAUCACCGCCGAGGCCGGCGACUGGACGUUCCAGGGCGUCGACACGACGUUCUGGUCCCUCCUCAAUCAUGGCAUUGGCAUGUCCUCCGACUUUACGCGAGGAGACUAA